GUGCUGCUGCGGCAUUGGAGCAGAGUGGUGGGCGCACAGGGGGAGCAACGUGUGCAGCUCGGCAGCGAGGAGCCGUGCACUGCAGGGGGCGAGGGCGCUGGGCAGGGGAGCGGGAAAGGGGAAAGUGUGGCGGCGUUUUGCAGCGGAGCGGGGGAGGCAGCCCUGAGGCACAUGGAUGAUGAGGAGCCUCGAGUCAGGUGGGGAGGAGGGGGAGCGAGUCAGGUGGGAAGGGGGUGGAGCGAGUCAGGUGGGGAAGGGGGUGGAGCGAGUCAGGUGGGGAAGGGGGUGGAGCGAGUCAGGCUGGCAGCAGCGGAGGCACUAUGCGCCCUGGCACACUACGGGUCGCUGCCCGCCGCCCUCGCCCUCUUCAGGUCGCCCCUCCCCCGCUCUGCCCUCUUCUCUUGUUUUCGUUCAUCAUACCACAACCCGCCAUGCAACACCCCGCCCAUCAUCCCCUUGACUCGCCCUCGUCAGGCCUCCUCUCACCCGCUCUCAUCCCUUGUUAUGGCCGUGAAGGCGCACAUCAUGCGAACACUGCAGCAGCAGCAACCACUGCCGGCGCUGCUGGAAGGGCAGGAGGAGGGCACAUGCCUUCCCUGUCCUCUCUCUUCCCUUAUUCCUUCUUCGUCCUUCCCCCCAACCCCCACCGUCCUGCCACUGUCCGCCUCCCCUCUCAGGGCCGUGAAGGCCCACAUCAUGCGCACACUGCAGCAGCAGCAGCCGCUGCCAGCGCUUCUGGAAGGGCAGGAGGAGGGCGACGGGGAGGGGGAGGCCGGGGAGAAGGGGGAUGGGGCAGGGGAAAAGGGAAGCAGGCAGGCAGCCUUGGGGGCGCAGCAAGGGGAGGGGGCGCAGGAGGGCGCGGAAGGGGGAGUGGCGGGGGAAGGGGGGGAGGGGAGCGAGGGGAUGGGGGAUGCGCCCAGUUCCCCCCGGGCGGACCAGGCAGGGCUGGCAGCGGCCAUGGGCAGGCGGGGGGGUGCUGAGGGAGUGGGGGGGGCGGGGCGGGGGAGGAGGGAGGGCAAGCUCGCGGCAGACAGCGACUGGCUUGAUGAUGGCGGUAGGGAGAGAGGCAGGUGGGCACAUGGGCGGGUGGGGGGAGCGGGUGGGGGGAGCGGGUGGGGGGAGCGGGUGGGGGGAGUGGGUGGGGGAGGAGGGAGGGCAAGCUCGCGGCAGACAGCGACUGGCUUGAUGAUGGCGGUAGGGAGAGAGGCAGGUGGGCACAUGGGUAGGCAGGCGGGUGGGGGGAGCGGGUGGGGGGAGCGGGUGAGGGGAGUGGGUGGGGGAGGAGGGAGGGCAAGCUCGCGGCAGACAGCGACCGACUUGAUGAUAGCGGUAGGGCGGGAGGGAGGCAGGUGGGUGGGCAGGUGGGCAGGCAGUUUGGGGGAGACCAUCGCCUCUCAGCUCGCUGUGGGGCUGGGGGACAACUGGAGCCAAGUCAGAUACGCGGCGUCGGUGGGCAACCGUGCCUUCUUCCUGUCAGCGGGCGCGGUGCAUCACAAGGAGCGCUACCUGCCCACCCUGCUGCCCGCCAUGGUGUUCAACCGCUACUAUGGGGCGGACGGGGUGCGCAUAUACUCGCAGGACACGUGGCAGCGCGUGAUGGGCGGGGGCGGGCGGGCGGCAGUGGCGCAGCACAUGGCGCUGGUGGCGGCCUUCUACUGCCUGCAGGCGCGCGCCCAGAACUACCUCGUGCGAGAGACGGCGUGCUUCUGCAUUGCUGAGGUGGCUGCCAAGAUUGACAGGCCGGUGAGAUUGUACGGGGGGGAGGGGAGUGGCGGGUGGAGGGGCAGGUGGGGCAACCGGGUGGUGCUACCAGUGCUGCCGGACCUGCUGCCGAGCCUCCUCCGCUGCCACUCCGACCCUGUGUGGCCCGUGCGCUGUGCCGCCUGCUCAGGUGCCCCUCCUUCCCCUGCCCUCUGCGGCCCCUUCCGUGCUCUUGGCUGCACACCCCCCUGCCCAUGCACAUCGCUCCACUUUCAAUUCAGCCCACUUCUUCCCACUCGCGCCCUUCAUCCUUCGCCCAACACUGCUGUGCCUCCGCCGUUCCCUCUUUCUCCCCUUCAAAUCACACCUCUGUCCCCACCGUCUCUUUAUCUCUGUCCCCACUGUCUCUCCUCUUCGCCGCCCACGCCACCAGCGAGUGCCGGCGUGGUGGAGCAUUAUGGUGACGUGGCAGCACAACACAUUGCCACGUGGGCACCAACCUGGCUUGCCAACCUCACAGACGUGAUCCCGGCGGUGAGGCAGCAUGCGGCGGCGCUCAUAGGGGCGGCGCUCACCACCAGGGAGACACAGGGCAAGGCGCUGCAGGUAAAAGGGGGAUCAGACAGGCAUGGGUCGCAUGGCACAUCAGCGUCGGCACCAGGGCUGCAGGCUGUGCGCAUCUCCCUCAGGUGGGCUGCAGUGCGCAUCUCCCUCAGGUGGGCUGCAGGCUGUGCGCAUCUCCCUCAGGUGGGCUGCAGGCUGUGCGCAUCUCCCUCAGGUGGGCUGCAGGCUGUGCGCAUCUCCCUCAGGUGGGCUGCAGGCUGUGCGCAUCUCCCUCAGGUGGGCUGCAGGCUGUGCGCAUCUCCCUCAGGUGGGCUGCAGGCUGUGCGCAUCUCCCUCAGGUGGGCUGCAGGCUGUGCGCAUCUCCCUCAGGUGGGCUGCAGGCUGUGCGCAUCUCCCUCAGGUGGGCUGCAGGCUGUGCGCAUCUCCCUCAGGUGGGCUGCAGGCUGUGCGCAUCUCCCUCAGGUGGGCUGCAGGCUGUGCGCAUCUCCCUCAGGUGGGCUGCAGUGCAGGCUGUGCGCAUCUCCCUCAGGUGGGCUGCAGGCUGUGCGCAUCUCCCUCAGGUGGGCUGCAGGCUGUGCGCAUCUCCCUCAGGUGGGCUGCAGGCUGUGCGCAUCUCCCUCAGGUGGGCUGCAGGCUGUGCGCAUCUCCCUCAGGUGGGCUGCAGGCUGUGCGCAUCUCCCUCAGGUGGGCUGCAGGCUGUGCGCAUCUCCCUCAGGUGGGCUGCAGGCUGUGCGCAUCUCCCUCAGGUGGGCUGCAGGCUGUGCGCAUCUCCCUCAGGUGGGCUGCAGGCUGUGCGCAUCUCCCUCAGGUGGGCUGCAGGCUGUGCGCAUCUCCCUCAGGUGGGCUGCAGGCUGUGCGCAUCUCCCUCAGGUGGGCUGCAGGCUGUGCGCAUCUCCCUCAGGUGGGCUGCAGGCUGUGCGCAUCUCCCUCAGGUGGGCUGCAGGCUGUGCGCAUCUCCCUCAGGUGGGCUGCAGGCUGUGCGCAUCUCCCUCAGGUGGGCUGCAGGCUGUGCGCAUCUCCCUCAGGUGGGCUGCAGGCUGUGCGCAUCUCCCUCAGGUGGGCUGCAGGCUGUGCGCAUCUCCCUCAGGUGGGCUGCAGGCUGUGCGCAUCUCCCUCAGGUGGGCUGCAGGCUGUGCGCAUCUCCCUCAGGUGGGCUGCAGGCUGUGCGCAUCUCCCUCAGGUGGGCUGCAGGCUGUGCGCAUCUCCCUCAGGUGGGCUGCAGGCUGUGCGCAUCUCCCUCAGGUGGGCUGCAGGCUGUGCGCAUCUCCCUCAGGUGGGCUGCAGGCUGUGCGCAUCUCCCUCAGGUGGGCUGCAGGCUGUGCGCAUCUCCCUCAGGUGGGCUGCAGGCUGUGCGCAUCUCCCUCAGGUGGGCUGCAGGCUGUGCGCAUCUCCCUCAGGUGGGCUGCAGGCUGUGCGCAUCUCCCUCAGGUGGGCUGCAGGCUGUGCGCAUCUCCCUCAGGUGGGCUGCAGGCUGUGCGCAUCUCCCUCAGGUGGGCUGCAGGCUGUGCGCAUCUCCCUCAGGUGGGCUGCAGGCUGUGCGCAUCUCCCUCAGGUGGGCUGCAGGCUGUGCGCAUCUCCCUCAGGUGGGCUGCAGGCUGUGCGCAUCUCCCUCAGGUGGGCUGCAGGCUGUGCGCAUCUCCCUCAGGUGGGCUGCAGGCUGUGCGCAUCUCCCUCAGGUGGGCUGCAGGCUGUGCGCAUCUCCCUCAGGUGGGCUGCAGGCUGUGCGCAUCUCCCUCAGGUGGGCUGCAGGCUGUGCGCAUCUCCCUCAGGUGGGCUGCAGGCUGUGCGCAUCUCCCUCAGGUGGGCUGCAGGCUGUGCGCAUCUCCCUCAGGUGGGCUGCAGGCUGUGCGCAUCUCCCUCAGGUGGGCUGCAGGCUGUGCGCAUCUCCCUCAGGUGGGCUGCAGGCUGUGCGCAUCUCCCUCAGGUGGGCUGCAGGCUGUGCGCAUCUCCCUCAGGUGGGCUGCAGGCUGUGCGCAUCUCCCUCAGGUGGGCUGCAGGCUGUGCGCAUCUCCCUCAGGUGGGCUGCAGGCUGUGCGCAUCUCCCUCAGGUGGGCUGCAGGCUGUGCGCAUCUCCCUCAGGUGGGCUGCAGGCUGUGCGCAUCUCCCUCAGGUGGGCUGCAGGCUGUGCGCAUCUCCCUCAGGUGGGCUGCAGGCUGUGCGCAUCUCCCUCAGGUGGGCUGCAGGCUGUGCGCAUCUCCCUCAGGUGGGCUGCAGGCUGUGCGCAUCUCCCUCAGGUGGGCUGCAGGCUGUGCGCAUCUCCCUCAGGUGGGCUGCAGGCUGUGCGCAUCUCCCUCAGGUGGGCUGCAGGCUGUGCGCAUCUCCCUCAGGUGGGCUGCAGGCUGUGCGCAUCUCCCUCAGGUGGGCUGCAGGCUGUGCGCAUCUCCCUCAGGUGGGCUGCAGGCUGUGCGCAUCUCCCUCAGGUGGGCUGCAGGCUGUGCGCAUCUCCCUCAGGUGGGCUGCAGGCUGUGCGCAUCUCCCUCAGGUGGGCUGCAGGCUGUGCGCAUCUCCCUCAGGUGGGCUGCAGGCUGUGCGCAUCUCCCUCAGGUGGGCUGCAGGCUGUGCGCAUCUCCCUCAGGUGGGCUGCAGGCUGUGCGCAUCUCCCUCAGGUGGGCUGCAGGCUGUGCGCAUCUCCCUCAGGUGGGCUGCAGGCUGUGCGCAUCUCCCUCAGGUGGGCUGCAGGCUGUGCGCAUCUCCCUCAGGUGGGCUGCAGGCUGUGCGCAUCUCCCUCAGGUGGGCUGCAGGCUGUGCGCAUCUCCCUCAGGUGGGCUGCAGGCUGUGCGCAUCUCCCUCAGGUGGGCUGCAGGCUGUGCGCAUCUCCCUCAGGUGGGCUGCAGGCUGUGCGCAUCUCCCUCAGGUGGGCUGCAGGCUGUGCGCAUCUCCCUCAGGUGGGCUGCAGGCUGUGCGCAUCUCCCUCAGGUCCGUGCUGCCCCUCCUGCCGUACUUGCCACUGCCCUUGGCACUGCACGCGGAGCUGUCUUGUAUUGCCAAUCAACUCUCAACACCGCAUCCUGUCUUCCCCACUGUACGUCCACUCGUCCACUCUCUGUCAUCCUUCGGUUCAUCUCUCUUCCCUCACUUUCUUCCCCAUGCUUCCAUCCCGUCUCGUCUCUCCCCCUUUCAAGCAGAGACCCCUCAACACCACCGGACACAGCACGCCCCUCGUCCCUUGACUCGAAGUUCAUCUUCGAGCCCGUGCGAGUCAACGCCUCCGCCUCCGCCUCCACCUCCGACUCUGCCUCCGCCUCUUCUCCUGCUGCCCCUGCCACUAUUGCCCCUGCUGCCACUGCUGCCCCUGAUGCCGCUGCUUCUGCUGCUCCUGCUGCCCCCGCUGCCCCGUGCACAUGCCACCAUGCGCCCACAGCAGAGCCAUGGGAGCAGUCAGAGGGGGCGGUGCAGCUGCUCCCCUUCCUCGCUGCCGCUGCCCCGUCUGUUGUGGGGGAGUUCCUACCGACCCUCGCACAACUGCACACCUUCGUGCUGCCACUCAUGUCCUGCGGGUUCACCAGCAGCAGCAGCCCACCCAGCCCUCCUGGUCACCAUAAUGCGCCACCUGCCCCGCAUCGCCAAGGUCACUCCCGCCCCCUUCUCCCCCCACCAGCACCCAGCCUUUCUGUCCACUGCCCACUACCCACUCAUCAUGCGUUCACACAUGCCCCACCACACUCUCAUAUCAAGACAUCCUGCUCCUCUUGCUUGCUCACCUACUCCUACAUGCUCCCUUCUCAACCGCAUGCACCUCCCCUCCUCCGUUCCCCCCACUCCCCAUACACCUCCCCUUUCCCCUCCCAGCCAAUGGGCAAGCGGCAGUUCAAGGCGCACGUGGAGCUCUUCCUGCCGCCGCUCUUCACCGCCCUCGCCUCUCACCAGGUUUCACUGCCACCUCGCUCCCUGCUCGCCCCACCCCUUGCUGCUCGCCUUGAUUUCACCCCCUCCAGACUCGUUCAUGCAUCCAUGCGUCUUCUCGAUCUCUUCUUCUGCCCCAGCAACGCUUCCCACUGCCCCUCCUCGCCACCCUCUCCCCACUCCGCGCCUCCCCUCGCCCCUCCAUCCGCCUCGCCCCCGUCCAGUUCCACCUCCCCCUCCUCUCCGCCCCGUUCCUGCCUUUCCUCCGCAUCCGCUCCCUCCACUUCUCCAUCCUCCGCGUGCCCCUCCGCCUGCCCCUCCCCCGCGCACUCCUCCAAGUGGCGGAGGCAGCAGCAGCGCAGAAGGCACGGCAUCCUCCUUCACCCGCCCACGCCGCACUCCCUCUGCCACUCCCACCUCGUCCGCGCAACCCCCCCGCCCCCUUCUCACUCCCCUGCUGAUGCUUGGGGGGCGCCGAGUAGUCCUGCUAGGGCUGGCCCGGACAGCCAAUCGCGUCUUGCCACGUCACAGGAGAAUAACGACAGCAGUAGCAGUUACGAUGGCAGCAGCACACUCUCACUUUAUCCAUCAACCUCCUCAUCUUCCUCCUCCUCACUCUCCUCCUCCCUCCCCCAACCUCUCGCUCACAACUUUGACACCGCUGACUCAGCAUGCUCGCCAGCGUGGCGCCAUGCCACGUGUCAAGCACAGCAGCACGCCGGUGGCGGCUGGAAGGACGUGCCAGGGGAGGUGCUGCUGGCCAUUCUGGACCGCACUGACAACCGCACACUGCUGAGCGCUGCUGCUGUCUGCAGGGGGUGGGCUGCUGCUGUCUUCGGAUUAACGGCCCAGCUGUCCUUCGAUUGGUGUGCCAAGGGCGUCAACUCGCUGGUGUCUCACCUCGUGCCCCACUUUGCACAGCUGCAGGUGCUCAAUCUGCGGCGCCGUCCAUCGCUAAGGGAUGCCACACUGGCAACCAUCGCCGCCAGCUCACCCAUGCUGACGUGUCUGCUCCUCGGUGGCUCCCCUCUCAUCACUGACACGUCACUGCACGCACUCGCCUCCCACUGCCCCUCGCUGCAGGUGUUGGAUCUGAGUGCCUGCAGCGCCAUCUCCCCCGCGGGCAUCACAGCACUGGCAGCACACUGCACGCAGCUGACAGAGCUCUCCCUCUGCGGCUGCCGCCUUGCCGCCACCGACCAUGCUCUCAUUGCGCUGGCGCAGGGGUGCAAGUGGUUAGAGGUGGUGAAUCUGGGGUGGUGUGAGGGCGUCACGGACCGAGGGGUUUCAGCUGUGGCCAGGGGGUGCCCGGGGCUCAGGGUGGUGGACCUGUGCGGCUGCUACCGCAUUACAGACGCGUCAGUGGUGUCCCUCGCAGCGCACUGCCCCUUGCUGCAGGGCCUGGGGCUGCACUGCUGCCGCCAGCUCACCAGCCACGCCAUGCUGGCACUCGCUGACGGGGCGGCUGCCACGUGGCACCGCCAUGCUGGCAAGCCCGGAUUCUCGAAACCACUGUCCAUGGGAGCGUGUGGGCGGGCUGCUGCAGUGGCACGGGGAGGAGGCAUGAGGAGGAGCGUCCCUCCCAGGCUGGCCCUGCCUGCCCCCCCUCGCAUGGGCGAUGCCACCACGGUGCUCUACUCGCGCCCGCCACGUGGCGCGCACGGAUUGGUCUCUCUCAACAUCAGUGGCUGCCUAGCCAUCUCCCCAGCAGCCCUGCAGGCGGUGUGUGACGCACACCCCCAUCUGCACACUUGCCCUGCCCGCCGCUCCCUCAACACCAGCGGCUGCAUCGCCCUGCAACCCGUGCACUGCCACUGCCCCCGUGCCUCCGCUGCCUGA